AUGGCUCAAAAUGCCCAUUCAAUCACCAAGAAGAACAUCGUCAUCCUUGGCGGUUCAUAUGGCGGUGUUUCGACAGCUCACUAUCUUUUGAAACAUGCUAUCCCGCAGUUACCCGUUGAAGCUGGUUAUAAGAUCGUCCUGGUCAGCGCUUCAUCUCAAGUCAUGUGUCGGCCGGCAUGUCCCCGGGCUCUGAUAUCAGAUGACAUGUUCCCCCAGGAGAAGUUAUUUGUCGACAUUGCAACAGCAUUCGAGAAAUACCCCAGCAGCAGUUUUCACUUCAUUUGCGGAACGGCAACCGCACUCGAUCACGUCCGCAGAAAUGUCACGAUUACCCUCGCCCAAGACAAAGGCAACGAAACCCUAGACUUUGAUGCCUUGGUCAUAGCUACAGGAGCAUCGACAGCGUCUCCCCUUCUUGGAUUGAACCACGAUUUCGAUAGUUUAAGACAGAGCUGGCACGAGUUUCGACAAGCUCUUUCGCAAGCCAAGAGCAUCGUUAUUGCGGGUGGCGGUCCAGCCGCAGUUGAAACAGCUGGGGAACUAGGUGAAUACCUCAACGGUCGAAAGGGCCUAGAGAAGCCGAAAGUGGCCAUUACCCUAGUCGCAGGUGGUUCCAAGAUUCUCCCCGCGCUUCGCCCGGCAAUUGCUCAGACCGCAGAGGCUUACCUCGGGCAAGUCGGCGUCACCAUCAUCAAAAACACCCGCGUGCAAGAUACGAACCCUCCUGGAGCUGGUGUUGUCAAUGUCGCUCUGAAUGCGACAUUGACGCUCUCUGAUGGACGGACACUCACCACAGACCUUUACAUACCGGCAACUGGUACACGUCCCAAUACAAGCUUCGUUGAUGACUCCCUUUUAACGCCCGAUGGCCGCGUCGAGACGAAUACAUCAACCUUGCGCGUUGACAAGGCUGGACCGCGAAUCUACGCCAUCGGCGACGCUUCGUCAUAUGCUCGACCAGCUGUCCACAACAUUCUGGCCGCAGUUCCCAUCUUAUGUGCCAACAUCAAACGCGACUUGCUAUUAACUUUAGAUAACCAGAAAUCAUCAGCAAGCAAUGACCGGCUGUUCAAAGAAGACACACGCGAAACGCAAAUGGUGCCAAUUGGAAAGAGUAAAGGUGUCGGAGCAGCAAUGGGAUAUCGGCUGCCCAGCUUCUUGGUAUGGUUAAUCAAGGGCCGGGAUUAUUGGUUGUGGACCACCGGGAAGCUGUGGAGUGGAGAUCAGUGGGCUAAGGAGUCGUAA